AUGGCGGUGCCACUAGCGUCUCCGGCCACAAUCUCGCUACCAACAGCUCCCGUGGUUUCAUCUGCAAGCGUGAUCCAGAUACCACCCGAACCGACACCUGCAUCUGUCAUACCAACCAGUGCGGUAACCUCGGUUGUGACUGUCGGAUCGGUAGUACCAACACAUCCGCCACUUGUCACUAAUUCACAUCUUGAUCUAUCGGCACUGCAGAAGUUGGAUUCAGAGCUUAGAAAAGUGAGUGGCGUAUCGACUGUCAGCGGUGUAUCAACUGUUUCCGCAGGAGCCACAGCAGCUCAUGCUCCAAUCCCUGAAGCUAUGACACAAUCUGCAAUCACAACAUUACACUCUGGUGCUCAGGUAAGGCCUACUCGAUAA